AUGCGCACGACUGUUGAAUCAGAUUGUUGCUUGGUUUCGGUGAUUGGUGUUGAUAAGACAGCGAUUACCAGCAAUGAGACUGAGAUUCUCCUGAAUUCGCAGACCGAUCAUGAAUCGUGUUCUCCUUCGGUACAGUCAUCUAGUUGCUGUUCCACAACACAUCUUUCACAGGAGUGUCCUCCUCCUCAUAACAGCACUUGUCAUACCAAUGAAGAAAAAAGCAAAUGCAAGGAUAAUGUUGGAAAGUCUAUUAGAUUUUCUGGUGUUACUGUGUAUUCGUUCGCACGUCAACAAGGCUUUUCAUCGAUUCCUGACAAUGGCUGGUGCACUCUUGGUAUGGCGCAAAAACACUUUAGUGUUUCUCGGCUAGAUCUUCGGCAGCAUAGAAUUUUACAGAAACUCCGACGCAGACAACAAAAGCUGUUCUCCCAAAAAUGUCAGUUUGUCGCCAAUAUAUCUGGUCGCGGACGUGGCAAGAAUAAGAUUAGAGGAAAAGGUAAGCGUGCAAAUGGACUAUGUAGUCGUAGUCCCGGUGAUUCAUGUCGUGUACCAAUUUUGUCACCACCUCCACUACUGUCUCCGCAAAUCAGUUACGACAAGGUUAAUUCUGUCGAUCAAACAGACAACGCUAUUCUUAGUUCUCACGCUACUCCUCCUCCACCUUGUUUGUCCCCUCCUUCACCAAGAAGGUUUCUCCACACUUUGGAUGAAUCUUUAGUCAACAACAAUAUAUGCAACUCACUUGAUUCUUUGGAUACAGACUCUGAAGCUUCUCUUGAUUAUGUUCCUUCUGUAAACUCAUCUAAACGUACACAAAAUAAUUCGCGAGAAAAGUUGAUGCCUAUACACUCAGCUGCAAGAAUAAGACUUUUGAGAUCAUCCGGUGUUGUGGAAAUUGAUGAAUCCGAACGUCUUGUGUGUUCGUUUAUACGGGCUAUGCGCUCCCGUGUUGGUUGCAACUGUGGUCCGAAAAAUUCAUGUAUACCUGGUCAAUGCUCAUGCGCAGAUGAUGGAAUUCCUUGUCAGGUUGAUCGAGCAUCCUUUCCUUGUUCUUGUGCAGCGAACGGUUGUCGCAACCCAAAUGGUCGUAAUGAGUUCUCUCGUGAACAAGUCCGUACACAUACUCAACAUGUAUUAGCACGUUUGGCCAGUGAUAAUUCUGUUCAGCCUGUUACAUCCCCACUGGAUAUGUCAGAAGCAGUGCUUAGUACUCCGAACGGUGCUUGUUCACUCUGUUUGGACUGUUCCAAAACAAUGACAAUGUCACCAAAUAGUCCUAUUUCUUCGUCCGGUAAUAAAUAUUCUGAACCAGUCCAACAAUCGAACUUAUCUUUGGACAAUCAGUUUCUUUCAACUUCAUGUACAGAUGUAACACACAUAAAGGACUACAAUAUAUCUCCUAUAGAUAUAACCGAAGAUAAUUGGUCGGAUCAUAGUCCAUGUUCCAAGCCUUUGAAAAGAAGUCGUUUAAUUUCAAAUCAUAAUAACAGUGCUGAUAAUCAAGUUGUACAAAAUUCUGUCGUCCCAUCUCUUAGCUUUUCUGGCUCUCCAUUGAUAAUCGAUUUAACGUUGUCACCAGAUGAAGAAUCACCCAAUAACACUCCAAAAUCUACUCGUGAUCGGAAUCGAUUGACAAAUAACGAACAAACACCCCUUAGUAAACAAUCAGGUCCGAUGUAUAUUCCAAAAGUUCCACUUACAGAAUGUGCUUCACAGGAUGAUAAUUAUAUUACAACUAGUGAUAUUCCUGAAGCACCUAGAUCAUGUUUUACAACUGGAAUUUCAAAUGAUGAUUCAUUAUUGGAUAUUUCAGUAAUUAAUAACAAUGAUAAUAAUAUCAAUAAGGAUUCUCAAUCUGUGACAAUAAUCAUUCAUCGACGAAGAUCACGUUCAGCUGAUACCACAGGAUCAUGUGACGGUGAUAAUUUUCCCAUGGAGAUGAGAAAUAAUCAUCCAAAAAAUGUUGAUAGCAUUCUUAAGCAUAUCUUAACAGUAGAUCCUGUUGUUUGCGAUGUGACUAAGUCCAGUUCAAGUGUUAAGCAAUUAUCUGAAGUCCCCAAUCAGUUUGAAUAUGCGAAAUCAAAUACUUGUUGGCCUAUUACUUCUAUUAUGAAUGCCGAUAAUAAAGAUCGUCUUUUGUCAAAAUCAGCACCAAAUAGUCCAUGUUUACAAAAAACUGAUUUUCCAUAUGGUAGAAUAUCUUUACGUCGUCGUGCUAUUCCACGUACUCCAAUAAUAAGACCAUCUAGAAAAGUAUUAACACAAUCUAAUAAUCGUUUUCAUAAACAAUUUAAUUUAUUAUCAACUUCUAGAAGUAAAUCGAAUGUAUCCAUUACUGAUAAUCUAUCAACAUCUAAUUUACAAUCGUUUUUGUUAAUGGUCUUCAUGGAUUCUCCCAACGUCAGUAAUAAGCAGAUCUGGCCAUUAGUGGAUGUUAAUUCAGACGACGAAGCAUGUUGGGAUGAUAAAGAUUUAAUUGCUGAAUAUGAUAGAAUUGAGUCUCUUGUUCAGGAUAAAUUAACAAGAGAACUGAAUAAAAAUGCAAAACACAAGCCCAAUGGAAUCAGUGGAAAUUUCCAUAAAAAUUUAAAUAAAAAUUCAUCCAGUACGUGUAAUAAAUCGAAGGUACACCAUACUAAAGAUAUUCAUGGAGAAAAUGUCGGCUUAGCGAAUAUUCAACCACUCAUUGUCAAUAGCAAUCCAGUUUGUGACUUCCAGUGGAUUCCGCCGUGUUUAAAACCUCCGCCUCAAUUAUUUUCUAAUUUGGCUUCACCAAGGAACAGUCAUCUUCCUAGUGAUGUUCAACCUUCUGUUCCUUCUCAACCAAUCUUUAAUAGCACGAAAAGUGGCCUAUCAACUAUUGAACCUAUACUACGCUCCUGGUAUGAAGCAGGUUACCAACUUGGUCGUUCACAUGCUAUGAAGUUGAAGCCAACCUCAUCUGUACCUGCUGCAAACUCUUGUUAAUUUUUUUUACGCCGAACGUGUACUGCUUCACAUAUUUUCGCACAAUACUUCAGAUUAUCAAUAAAAUCCUUAUUUAUAUUUGUAUCAAGUGAUGAUUGUUAGUAGGAGUUGGGUAAAUUCCUUUUCGGGGUGUCUGGAUCAUAAACUCGUUGGUUUCUGUUUCUGUUCAAUAUAAUCCUUGAAGUGAUAAAAA